ACAAACGUCCUAAAGAAUAAAAUGGGAAUUUCCUCCUUUCUUGUAAAUAGCUCCAGUCAAGCAGUCACAAGCAAUGUUCCAUUUUUGUUAUGAAAGUUUAGCCACUAAUUUUUCAUACGUGCAGAAUCGUGAAGGGAAUGUAAAUAAGCUCCCCUCCCCAACCCAACACUUGAUGCAUUUAACUAUUCCCUUGAGGGUGUUGUUACCUUGUUCAAAUUUCUACAAUGUGACGUUUUAUUUUAGUGGCAAGUCUUUAGUGUUGAUUUAUUUGUUGAAACAUGGGCCUUAGAGGCGGACGCCAGUAAUGGUUUGCCUGCAUAUCAAACCGUCGUCAACGUUUGGUUACCAUGACACCAAACCAACAGAGAAAUAAACAAAUUUAGGGGCAGAAGGUUUACAUCUGUUCCACUUCUCUUUUUCCAGUGACCAGUAUGUUUUCCUAGAAAAUAAAGGAUUUUACCCUGUAAUGGGCGUGCUUUCGGACCUGCCGACUGUAGACCCUAGCGUCAGCAGUUUCAAAACUACUAACUCGCCUCUCUCUUGGCUGUGCAGCAAUGUAGUGGGCUACCUUGCACCAGCCCUCUUGCCUCCGUUACAUAUUGGUCUUUUCUAUUUCUUUUGGCAUCAAUACUCUCGCCAUGUGGAUAAGCGAUAUUGCACAUGUUCUUGCUGGGACACCGUCUUUAAAGGUACAUAUGAGUCCGGAAUCGCAUCAUACAAACACCUUUAUUUUAAUGCUACGGGUAACACAUUGAAGAUUUGGUGUCUCACUGUUGGAGCUGUUAUAUUACUUUACGAAUGUGUGAGGCAGCUUACAUUUCUGGGAUUACGUUGUCGGCUUCGACCCUCGAUGACAGUUCUCUUCCUAUCAUCCUUGUUCUCUCACUAUUAUUCAUGGUGGGUGUUUGUAAACUAUUGGAAUGAUGACUUUUAUUCCCAGUGGAACCACCAGCUGUUCUUUACCAUCACAGAAGCCAUUUCUACAGCCUUUGUUAUGAGACUUGCUGAUAAUCGAGUCAUUGUAACACCAUGCACUAUUUUAAGCAUUGUAGGCAUAGCUUUCAUGCAUGUACUUACAAGUGGCACUGAUCAAUUUAUUUUAAAUGUUGUCAGGGGUGAAGGAUACAUGCAUCAAGUCAUGCGUGAUGUCAGUCUUAUGAUUCCUGAUUUAUUACACAUUUCUCUUCCCAUCCUAGAGUUGAGCCGUGCCCAAAAACUACGACUUGACAAGGAUAUGCGUCAAAAUGUUUGUAUGAUGAUUUGUAUUAUUGUAUUUGGUUUUAUCAUAAGCUCCCUUUUGUAACUGAUUGAAAACCAAACAAACGUAAAGACAAUGAUGGUCCAAUCAAUUUAUAUAUGCAAUGGAAAAACAUAUGAAUCAGGUGUGAGUAAUUUAAAAACCGAAAUGAAGCAGUGGUAAAAAAAAUUGAUUAUGUAGAUCACAUAAUAGUAAACACCAGGAUCAAAUUUAGAAGAAAAAAAUUAGUAAACGGUAGACUGAAUGUAUUUAUAUUUAAUCUAGAAUUUCCUGUAGAAUCCUGUAUUGACCAUGGUAUUGGAAUUAGAACUUUAGGGUAUGCCUUAGUCAAGGUAGUUAGAGAGCACCGUGAACCAUGACACAAGUUUUAUCAUUUGAUCAACCUAGCUUAGAGUUGAUUACUCACAAUAAUACAAAUGUGGAGUGAAAAAAAAUUGAAGUUUUACCCUGUGCAUAGUAUGAAAACUGAGUUAGGUUACUUCAUAUGGGCGUAUUUUAGAAUGAGUUAUUGGUCUGAAAACAUAUAGUUUUAUAUUUGUUUAGUUUUGAAGUAUACAUCUUUUCUUCAUUGAUGAAUUUAAUGUCAGAAAAACUUCUUCAUUCUGCCAUCAAAUUGCAAAGAAAAACCAAAACAAAUGCACAUCUUCCAUAUCUUUGUUUUAUACUUGUAAUGCAUUUGUUACUUCAGUACAUAACAUAAAUUCUUGGUUUAUUUUCGUGUUUCAUUGAUGAUAACCAUUAGUAUUUAAAAAUUAACAAAAUUUAGCAACAAAUCUCUGUGUUGUGAAAUGUCUUCAUUUUGUUCAAGUUGUUAUUGUUUUCCAUGUUUGUGUAGAUGUAUUUGUGUGUGGAAAUUUAUUGGGUCAAGGCCUAAUUGUUUGUGUUAUUUAAUGUUUGAAUUUGUUUACAAGUGAAAGUAUAUUGAGAGAUAGUUUAUCUCCUUAAGUUUUUGUCUUCAUGAUGCCAUCUUGGCAAACCCCAUACAUUGUCUGCCAGGUCUCUUUUGUUAUUGUAUUUCUAGACUGAUAUUAUUUAUUGUUCUAAAGAAGCAUGAUUGACUUGAAUGAAAAAAAUUAGUGGUAUUGUAAAGCCCACAUGGCAGUUUUCAGUUUAACCGUUUGUAAAAUAGGUCAAAUAAGGAUUCUUUCCCAUGACCAAAAGACUAGUUGGAACUCUUUUGUCCAGUUUCAAGAGGGAGGUGCUCACUCCUCCGGGCCCCCUGUCGGAUCUGGCAAAGAAGAGACCAUAAUAUGUUUAUGAGCAUGCUCUGUGGAUCCAUGUUUGACUUGCAUUCAAAGCGGGUUUACAGUAUUUCUAUCCUCAACAAAAUAAUGUGUUCUGUGCUUCCUUCUCUUAUAUAAUUUAUGAAUGUUUCUAGGGUUGUGACAUGACAGUAAUGGGAAUCGAUUCCUCUACAGUCCUGAAAGAGGAUUACUGCAUCAAGAAAAGAAGACCUGAGGGAAAGCGAGGAUAAAAUGUCAAUGUGACCAGUUUUUUCCCCCCUUCAGAAAGUCUUGUUUGGUGUGGAUUGUUUUCAUGUUAUUUGUCUCUAGUAAGGCUUAAAGGAAAAUUGAUGUUUAUUGAUAGUUAAUUUACCAUAUGCAUGCAACAUAAUCUAUCUUGCGGAGGUAGUGAUGUCUGGAUAAGAAUCACUCUCUACUCCAACAGAUAAGGAUAAGCCCCUUGUUUUGUUGUAGAAGCAAAUAAGAAACAUACAUUGUGAUGGCAUAUGAACUUCCUGAACAGCACAGCAUGUGAUAUGAGAAGAAGAUGGACCAUUUGUUUAGUUGUUAUUGUUACUUGUAAAUGUAAAAAUUUUUAUUUCUUAGACAAAGUUUUACAGACUGAUUACUUGUAGUACCACCAUAGUGCCACAUAAGGAGAUCAACGUAAAUCAUGUAUUACUGAUGUCUCUAAAGAAGGCAUUUACUUAUUGUUGUGUUGUGUGUAAUAGUUUCCAGUUUAUGGAUUUAUCAUAGAAUUAAAUGUAAGUGCAAUAAAUGCAAUUAUACCAAACAUUGUCAGGUAACUUUAUAUGUGCCACAGUACGGUAAAAAAUAAAUAUGAUAUGGCAGGGUGUAAGUACCAUGCACAUACCCA